UAUACAAUACAAGACACUGCUUCUAUAACUUUUUUCGUGUUGUAAAUAAAGAACCUAAAUUACGGAAUUGUACUAGUAUACAUAUAUUAAAAAAGAAAAUUACAAGAAAGUUUUAUAAAUGUUACAUUUUGAUUUCGGGAUCACGCCUAAAAAAACAGACUAUGUGUUUGUACCUUUUAAGGUUACUGAAAUCAAAUAUCGUGGUUCAGAAUGUCCUCGACCUCGCAGUGGACACAGGAUAGUUUGUGAUGAUGUUAAUAUUUAUUGUUUCGGUGGUUAUAAUCCCACAUUGCCAUUGACUAAUAUAGAUGUAGACAAUCCCACAUGGACUCCAGCGCAGCCAUUAUUUAAAGAACUAUGGAGUUUUUCAAUUGCAAGCCGAAAGUGGAAGCAACAUAGAGUCGUAGAAAAUAUGCCCGAGGAACUAGCUUCGAAUGCUAUGUGUGUUAAUGGCAAAUACUUAAUGAUUUUUGGUGGUACUGGGGCCCCAUUUGGCAAUCGAUGUAGUAAUAACAUGAUUGUGUGGCGGACAUGCAAUGGCGAUGCUAAUUUAGAGAUCUUGGAGGUAAAGGGAGCUAAACCGCCUGGCCAAUAUGGUCAGUCAGUACUGUGUCAUAAUGGUUUCUUUUACACUAUUGGAGGUACUAAUGGUUAUGCAUAUAACUGUGAUAUUUUUAGAUUAGACCUUCGGACUUUGGUUUGGGAACCAAUAUUUGUUGGGACAGGAGAAGAGGGAGAACCACUUGGCAGGUACAGGCAUGAGGUGGCAAGAAUAGAUGACAAAUUGUACAUUAUUGGAGGAGGCACAGGAGAGUGGGCCUAUGAACUAAAGGAGCUACCCAUGUUCGAUCUAACAACAAAAAGUUGGACUAUACUUACUCCAAAACCUGAUAACUCGUCAAAAUAUUCAAACACUCCCCGGGCAAGGAAAUGUCAUAGUGCUGUGCAAAUUGAUACAUCACAUGGAACUCAAGUAUUUGUUGCUGGUGGUUCUGAUAUGGAUUAUGUAUUUAAUGAUGUAUGGAGAUUAGAUUUGUCAGAUUUACAAUGGACUCUUAUGAGGAAAACAGUUUUACCACAUCCACUCUAUUUCCAUUCUUCUGCAGUUACAUCAUUUGGUUGCAUGUAUGUCUUUGGCGGUAUAGAGCCUAAAGAUAAUGAAACAGAUCGGAAUAACACUAUGUAUAAAGUAUGGUUAUGUAUACCAAAUCUAACUGAGAUGUGUUGGGAAGCAUUGCUCAAUUACCAUCCUCAUUUAGAUCAAGUAGGUAGAAGAAAACUAUUGAACAUUGGCAUACCAAAUUAUUUAGUGAAUAGAUUACAUGCACCUGAAAGUUAUUAUAAUAAGCAGUAGAUUUAGUAAAAUCAAAAUCAAAUGUGCAAAUUAAAUAUUGAUUACUUUUCUGGAUGGAAAAUACUGACAACAAAAUUAAUCAAUCUCAGUUCUUGCAGGCAUCAGAUUCAAAUAUGCUUGGCAAAAUAUUGGCAUUUUAAUAUAUUGUCUACAACAAUAAUGGUUGUCAAUACCAAUGAAAUCCCAAAUAUUCUCUUGAUUUGAUUACUGCGCUUGGAGAGAGCACAUUUAAGUUGCAUUCAAUAUCCGGUUUGGUUUUCACAUCUUGUUUUGUAUAAUAAAUAAGCAGUAGAGAGCAUUAUUACCUAGUCAAGCAGAUAUAAUACUUGAAUAUAAUGUAUUUGAAAAGUUAUAAUAUAUAUUGUAAAAUUGAUUAAUAUCUUAAUAUAAUUUUUCACUUUAUCGUGCAUAUUGUAAGAAAAAAAUAAUUCAAGGACUAACUAUGAAUAUAAAUUACUUUCUGU